ACGUUUAUGUCUCUCUAUACUACUUUUUCUGUCACCAUCAUUUUUUAGUUUCAUUUUUAUAUUUCUUUUCCACUCUCCCAAAACAAAAAAAGACAAGCCAAAGAAACCACGUUAGACAGAAACAGCAUCGGUUUCUCUCUCCCCUCCUUUAUAGCACCAUUCAUUCAUUCCCAUGCUCACUGUCUCUUUCUCUCUCUGAUCUCAUCUUCCUUCUGUCACUUCCCUUCUCUUGGCUUGGCAAUGGCUCUUCUACUUGAUAACUGUGAGAGCAUUUUGCUCUCUUUGGACACACACAAAUCUGUUCCUGCACCUUUCCUUACCAAAACAUACCAACUUGUCGAUGAUCCUGCCACCGACCACAUCGUAUCUUGGGGCGAGGACGACGCCACCUUCGUUGUUUGGCGGCCCCCAGAGUUUGCCAGAGACCUUCUUCCCAACUACUUCAAACACAACAACUUCUCAAGCUUCGUUCGCCAACUCAACACCUACGGUUUCAGAAAGAUCGUGCCUGAUAGAUGGGAGUUCGCAAACGAGUUCUUCAAGAAAGGAGAGAAGCACUUGUUGUGCGAGAUCCACAGAAGGAAAACCCAUCACCAGCAUCAGCAACAACAAGUGCAGGGCAUGCACCAGCAGCAUCAGUUUGGACUCAACGUUCCCCCUUUCUUUCCCUUCCACAACAGACUCAGCGUGUCCCCUCCGCACGACUCGGACGAGUUAGCCAAUUGGUGCGACUCGCCGCCCAGUGGAAACAACAUCGUCAACAACAACAGCUACAACACUGUCGCUGCACUUUCUGAAGACAACGAAAGACUGAGGAGAAGCAACAACAUGCUCAUGUCAGAGCUCGCACACAUGAAGAAGCUUUACAACGACAUCAUCUACUUUGUUCAGAACCAUGUCAAACCCGUGGCUCCAAGCAACACUUACCCUUCUCUUCUACUAUGCAGUAACAACAACAAUAGCAUAUCAUCACAACCCUCUCACAUAAACAACGUUUCAACAGUUCAGAGACCGGUGAAACAGUUUGUGGGGUGUUAUUCCAACAACAGUACUAGGCAAGCGCGUGCUGUGAACUCUCCCACUAACAGCUCCAUCACCAUCGUUGAAGAUGAACCUAGCAGUAACAGCUGCAAGACCAAGCUUUUCGGAGUGUCUCUUCAAUCCAAGAAAAGGGUGCACCCCGAGUACGGAUCUAACAAUCUUCUAAGUUCAGAAACAAAUAAAGCCCGUUUGGUUGUGGAAAACGAUGAAUUGUUUGGCUUAAAUCUCAUGCCCCCUUCAACUUGUUAGUCAUAACUUUUAGACUAAUCUUGCCAUUUCCUUUUCAAUGCUUCUUCACAUAUAUGUAUAAAUAUGAAAAAAUAUAUAUAAUUUUUUUCUUUGAUUUUUAAUU